AUGCAGACCAAGCUUCUCUCUCUCGGCCUGCUGGCCACAGCAGGUACCACGCUGGCGCAGACGCCGCCAUACUUUGAACCGAGCACCGAUGUCAACCUACCCGCGACCUUUGACGCCAACACCACCUCUCCCGAUUUCUUCACAGUUGGAGGUGUCUUUUCCAUCAAUGCCACCCAAGAAGAGCCCCAACUCUAUGUCACCACCAACGCGACCUACGUCACGCACACCAACGGCUCGCAACCGCCCACCUUCAUCAUCCUAAUGGUCGACCCGGACGCGCCCUCGCCGCAAAACACAUCCUUCUCCCAAAUCCUGCACUGGCUGCAGCCGGGCGUCCGCCUCUCCCGCUCCGUCGAGCCCACCCCCGGCCCCAACAACACCGCCCUCGUCUCCAUGCUCUCCGAAGCCGACACCGAUACCCCGGCCAUCGCGCCCUACAUCCCGCCUGCGCCCCCGUCCGUCGCCCCGCACCGCUACAUCAUCAUGCUCUUCCGCCAGCCUGGCGACGCGGACGGCGACUUCGAGCUGCCGGACGGCUUCGAGCAGUAUAAGGGCGGCGAGGAGCGCACGGGGUUCGAUGCAAAGGAGUUUGUGGAGGCCGCGGGCUUGGGUGAACCGCUCGCGGCCACGUACUUUUUGGUUGGCAAGGAGACGAGCGGCAAUGGCAGCGCGACGUAUGAGGGUGAUGAUGCGGCCGCCGGUAUUGGCGGGAACACGACGGUGCCGGCUAGCGCGACGUCGUCGUCGGCAAGUGCGUCGGCGGCGGGCGCGAGCGGGAGUGCGGGUGCGAGUGCGACGGCGUCCGGUGGCGCGGCGGCUGCGUCGGAGACGUCGGGCGCGGAGAGGGUUGUUGGCGUUGCGGCGCUGAGCGCUGUGGCGGCGGGUUUCGUGGCUCUGGUUCUUUGA